AUGGCUAUGGGGACUGAAAGAUCGAAGCCGCUGCACAAUUUCACUUUGCCCUGCGAUCUGCGGUGGGGAAACCAGCAAUUCCUCCGCUGCAUGAAGGUCGACACCGGCGGACGGAUCCCCUCCGGCAACCGCGCCGACGGAAACAGUUCCGGCUCUUCCGAUCACCACAACCACCGCCACCACCUCCCAAUCCAGCAGCGCCGCACCACCAGGGAUCGGGAGAGGGACGGAGAUUCUUCCUCUCGAUUCGCUAACGGAUCUCCCCGCGCGGGCCGCGCGCCGCCUCCUUCGUCGGCGGCGCACGGCGUCGGCCGGAGAUUCGCGUACGACGAUGACGGCGGAAUCGCCGCCACGAGGGAGAAAGUGAUGCUCGAUCUCCAGACGGCUGCGGAUAAGAUGAGAAACGCGUUUUUCAAGGACGGCGGUCUUGAUGAGGGCGGAGUCUCCGUCCCCCGGCCACCGCCGCCGCCGCCACCUCCCCCACCCGCCGCGGAGGGAGAGAAUAACCGUCCGUGGAACCUGAGGGCGAGGCGCGCCACGCCGGCGAGCGGGUUCGCCGCGGCCGCCUGUGGUGGAAGCAGCGGCGCCGGCGGCAAGGGUUCGAGAUUGGAAGCGCCAAGGCCCAACCCCGGAUCCUUCCAGAUGCGGUCGUCAGCAGCAGCGGCCGCCCAGAAGUCUCCGAUUCACAGGAUCGACGGCGGCGAGGCGGCGGCCGGCGGCGAGAAGAAGGAGCGGGCGAAGUUUUCCGUUGCGCUCUCAAAGAGACACAUCGAGGAGGAUUUCUUCUCGAUUUCUGGCCACCGGCCGCCUCGCAGACCUAAGAAGAGACCAAGGACCGUUCAGAAGCAGUUGGAUACCUUAUUCCCAGGACUCUGGCUGACAGAGGUUACACCAGAUAUGUAUAAAGUCAAUGAAGCUGCUCCAUAA